AUGAAAUAUGUCGGCGAGCCGCCGAUACUACAAAGUGUCGACGAAACGGGACUGAAUCCUUAUGGCGUGAUGGAAACAACACCUGAUUCUAUUAAAAAUGAAGAUUUAAAAGACACGAAAGAGGUCUUAUCAGAUCUAACAAAUGGAUUGAUUAUUUACCCUCUAAUUGAGGCUACAAAAAUUAUUGACGUAGCAUGGAAUGUAACGGAAGCGGCUGAGUUCGGUCUUAACGAGCCAUUCUUUGAUAUUGUUGUGCUUCGUCACCAGCAAAGUGGUCAUUAUUUACUUGUGAAGUAUCAAUAUUGUAAAAAACGGCAGUAA